AUGGUGACCGGCGAAGAGUUUGAAGUGGACAGCAAGGCAGCUUCAAGACAGGUUAACUGCGAGUGUCAAUGCUCUGAAAUUACUUUCCUGGAUAAAUACGGAAAACAGAAUGGAAAUUGUAAAUCUGCGGAUAAAACUGGAGCACUCUGGUGCUAUGUGGAUCCUAAUUUUAACAGGUGCAGUGACCUCCAACGUUCAGUGAGGUUUGGACAAAAGCUAUGGUCCUAUCAGGCCUGUGCUACACCGGAGAUAGGGGCUCCCCUUUGCCCCUAUGGAGGCAAUUUUAAUAAUGGAGGCUUCAACAAUGGAGGAUUUAAUAACGGAGGAUACAAUCCAGGAUCUAACAAUGGAGGCUUCAACAACGGAGGUUUCAACAAUAAUGGAGGCUUCAAUAACGGAGGUUUAAAUAACAAUGGAGGAUACAAUCCAGGAUCCAAUAAUGGGGGCUUCAACAAUGGAGGAUUCAAUAAUGGAGGUUUAAACAAUAAUGGAGGAUACCCUGGGAUCCGAACAGAGACUGAGGUCUCGAACGGGAGAGUUGCAAACACAGAAGAGAAGAAAUCAGACUCUGUAAACUUCGGAAAUUGA